CUGGAUAUGAAUGGCAUCAUCCACAACUGCACACACAAGGACUCGGACGACGUCCACUUCCGUCUCAGCGAGGAGGAGAUGUUCAUAGCCAUUUUCAACUACAUCGAGCAUCUUUUUGGCAAGAUCAAGCCCAAGAAGCUGUUCUUCAUGGCCGUCGAUGGCGUCGCCCCCCGCGCCAAAAUGAACCAGCAACGCGCCCGGCGUUUUCGCACCGCCUUGGAUGCGGAGAGGGCCCGCGAGAAAGCUAUAAGGGAGGGCAAGGAGCUGCCCAAGGAGGAGCCGUUUGACAGCAACUGCAUCACACCGGGUCCGCCUCCCCCCCCCCUCCCCGGUCGCCGAACUGCGCAGGAUAGCGGACGCUGA